AUGACCAGUUUACUAAAAAGCCUGUUUCUCAGAAACAGCACCAGGGUUCACUGCCAGCUGCUCCAUCUUACAUUAUCGGCGAAAAGAACAAAGUCUCUGUCGAACAACACGUUCGAUACGGCCGUGGAAGCCGCUGAAAAACUCGUCCAGCCGAGUAAAGAAAAGUCGUUCGACGAUCCUUUUUCCAUAGUCAGCCAUGAAAUGUCCUCGUUGGCCAAGCUGAUAGCGAGCUUGAUCGGCUCUGGCCAUACCACAUUGAACAGAGUUUCUAGUUAUUACUUCGAGGCCGAGGGAAAGAAUGUCAGGCCGCUUGUGGUGCUUUUACUUUCAAAGGCAUUGCUGAAAAUUCCGGUGGAGGACAGAAACAGAAUAAGAAUCGAUAACCAGGAUGUCACUGACCAACCAGUGUACCCAGGAACACCACAGGGUACGGUUGUGGCUGGCAACUCGGUGAACAAGUCUAUUUCGCCAUUGGCUGUUUUGCAUGGCAUCAAUCCGAAGGUUAUUUUGGACCCAUUGUCGAAACCUAUGGAUAGACUUCCGCAGAUGGAUGCUGCCAACGGUAUCUUGCCUAAGCAGAGGAGAUUGGCUGAAAUCGUGGAGAUGAUUCACACUGCAUCUUUGCUUCACGAUGAUGUGAUUGACCUUUCAGAUGCCCGCAGAGGCCGCCCAAGUGGGAACAUUGCUUUCACUAAUAAGAUGGCUGUCUUGGCUGGAGACUUCCUUUUGGGCAGAGCUUCGGUGGCCAUUGCCCGUUUACGUAAUCCUGAAGUCAUUGAGUUGUUGUCUACGACGAUUGCUAACUUGGUGGAAGGUGAAUUCAUGCAAUUGAAGAAUACUGUUAUCAGCAGCGAUGACUCUACGGUUAAUAAUGAUGGUGAUGUGAAGAACAUCCCUAAACCUACAGGCAAGGUUCCUGUGGAGCAACACAACUACCGCGUUGACAAGCCAAAGGAGGUUGACCAUAAGGUUAACGUGGAUGCUGCUUUUGAAUACUACUUGCACAAGACUUACCUUAAGACGGCUUCUUUAAUGUCCAAGCUGUCUAGAGCUGCCGCUGUGUUAAGUGGUGCCCAGGAUAACAUCAUCGAGAACUGCUACGAAUACGGCCGUAAUUUGGGCUUGUGUUUCCAGGUAGUUGACGACAUGUUGGACUACACUUCCAGUAACGCUGCCUUUGGUAAGCCCAGUCAGGCUGACUUGAAGCUCGGCUUGGCCACCGCCCCAAUCUUGUUUGCAUGGAGAGAGGAACCAAAGCUCGGUGAGCUCAUUGGCAGAAAAUUCAGCGAAACUGGUGACGUUGAAAUCGCUCGUAGAGCUGUGGAAAAGUACGACGGUUUAGAGAAGACUCGUGCCAUGGCCCAGGACUACUGCACGCGGGCCCUUGAAAACCUUAGACAAUUGCCAGAGUCGGACGCAAGAAGCGCUUUAGAAUUCUUGACCAACUCUGUUUUGACCAGAACAAAAUAA